ACAUUUUUCCACACAAGCUGCUUAAGGUGCUGAGAGGUUUUGGGCGUAUUUUAAAGCUGUUAAACGGACUAUUAUCUUAUUAUUUAGAAGUAAUGGGAUUUCACAGAGAUAUCGGGAUGUUGUUUAUCACCGCGCUCAGUGUUUUUACUUCAGCUCUGGCUGCCAGUAACUAUUACUGUGAAGAAGCACUGGUGGCAUCACUCCCUUCAGGCUCCUUCCAGAGUUCCUCAAGAUCCCCUGACAGUUCGCCACACUUGGCAAAACUCAACUCAAAAUAUGGCAGCGGUGGAUGGUCUCCAGACAUUGAGGACCGUCGACCCUGGCUGCAAUUGGAUCUGAGAGAUCGUUUAGAGGUGACAGCUGUGGCCACGCAGGGCAGAUGGGGAAGCUCAGACUGGGUGAGCAGCUACCAGCUGCAGUACAGCGACUCAGGUCGAACAUGGAGGACCUACAGGCAAGAUAAUAUGCCGUGGACGUUCCCAGGAAAUACAGACUCAGACUCGGUGGUCCAUCACAAACUCCUCCACUCCAUCAGAACUCGAUUUCUACGAAUCCUGCCACUUGAAGGAAACCCUGCAGGAGGAAUGGGACUCAGACUGGAGAUCUAUGGCUGCGGUUACAAGUCAGACGUGGCAGAGUUCGAUGGACACAGUGCCCUCCUCUACCGCUUUAAUCAGAAAUCGACAAGUACAGUGAAGAAUGUAAUCUCAGUGCGCUUCCGCAGCAGGCAAGCCAACGGCGUCCUGCUUCAUGGAGAGAGCCAGAGAGGAGACUACAUCACCCUGGAGCUUCAGAAAGGAAGACUCGCUCUGCAUCUCAACCUGGAUGAUGCUAAACCCCAGUCGAGUAGCAGACACGCCUCAGUGAUGUUGGGAAGUCUACUGGAUGAUCAUCUCUGGCACUCGGUCCUCAUCGAGCGUUUCAAUAAGCAGGUGAAUUUUACAGUGGACAAAGAAACCCAGCACUUUCGCAUGCAGGGUCAGGAGGACUCUCUGGAGGUGGAUUACGAGCUUAGUUUUGGAGGAAUCCCUCUGCCAGGCAAACCCGGGACCUUUCUGAGGGAGAAUUUCCACGGCUGUCUGGAGAGCCUGUACUACAACGGAGUCAACAUCAUCGACAUGGCCAAAAGACGCAAACCCCAGAUCUACACUGUGGGUAACGUGACGUUCUCCUGCUCUGAGACGCAGCCAGUUGCGGUGACCUUUCUCAGCAGCACUAGCAGUUUUCUGGCUCUGACCACUGACUCGACAGUAGAAGGACUGUCCAUUCGACUUCAGUUCAGAACGUGGAAUCAGGAUGGCCGGCUCCUUUUCGUCCCGAUGAGCCGCAGCCCAAAACCGGUCUCCCUCAUUCUGCAGCUCACUGGGGGGCAGAUUAUGCUUUUUCUUAAAGGAAUCCCACAACGCACUGCUCAGAUUAAUGCUGGUCAGAGUUUGUGUGAUGGACAGUGGCACUCGAUUGCAGUGGAGGUCAAAGGUCAGCAGGUGUUUCUGAUGGUCGACAAUCAAAAGCCGGUUACCACUGAGGUCAUUCGUUUCACCACUAGCCUACAGGGAACAACCGUCUUUCUUGGAGGUUGCCCUGCACUGGCGAAUGAGCUCGACUGCGAGAAACCAUCCGCAGGAUAUCAGGGGUGCCUUCGACUCAUCUCUGUUAAAAAUCAGCCAGUCGAUCUCAGCAGAAUUCAGCAGGACAAGUCGGCAAACUUCAGCCAGCUGGACUUUGAUAUCUGCAGUAUCCGAGACAGGUGUGUGCCCAACUUCUGUGAACAUGAUGGAGUGUGCUACCAGUCCUGGGACCAUUUCUACUGUGACUGCUCGGGCACCGGCUACACCGGAGCGACCUGCCAUAACUCAAUAUAUGAGCGAUCAUGUGAAGCCUACAGGAAAAGUGGAAGUCCUUCAGGAGUUUUUACUAUUGAUCCUGAUGGCAGUGGCCCCCUACAGCACACACAAGUGAACUGCACUGUAGCAGAGGAAAAUAUAUGGACAGUUGUAGUCCACGAUCACUUAGACCCCGUCAGAGUUCAAGGCUCCACUCCACGAAGUCCGUACGUUCUCAUUUUUAACUACUCCAUCUCGCCAUAUCACCUUCGCUCACUGGUGGCCUCUUCAGAGCUCUGCCAACAGGAAGUGACCUAUCGAUGCAGAAAGUCCCGUCUCUUUGACACCUGGGAUGGUACUCCUCUGUCAUGGUGGCUGGACAGGGACGGCGUGAAGAGGACAUACUGGGGGGGCUUUCUGCCUGGAGUUCAACAGUGCUCCUGUAGCCUGGAGGGCAACUGCAGGGACAUGAACUAUUUCUGUAACUGCGAUGCAGAUUUGGACACAUGGGUAAAUGAUACCGGCUUGUUGUCCUACAAAGACCAUUUACCUCUCAGCGAGAUUGCCAUCGGAGACACAAACAGAACAAACUCACAGGCACUCUUCCAUAUUGGACCUCUGCGCUGCUCUGGCGAUCGAUUUUUGUGGAACUCGGCGUCCUUUUUCUCAGAGUCGUCAUAUCUGCACUUCCCCACCCUGCAAGCCGAGUUAAGCGUGGACAUCUCCUUCUUUUUUAAAACCGGUGCUGCUUCUGGCCUUUUCUUGGAGAAUGUGGGAGUGCAGGACUUCAUCCGACUGGAGCUGAGCUCUCCAUCAGCAGUCACCUUCACCUUUGAUCUCGGCGAUGGACCAGUGGUUCUGACCGUCAGGUCCCCAGUACCUCUGAAUGAUAGGCAAUGGCAUCAUGUGCGAGUGGAAAGAAAUGUAAAAGAGGCAUCAUUACAGGUAGACCUGCUGCCUGUUCAGCUCAUGAAGGCAGCAACUGAAGGCCAGUAUCAACUUCAGCUCAACAGCCAGCUCUUUGUUGGAGGAGCACCAACCACACAGAGAGGCUUCCUAGGCUGCCUACGUGCACUCAGCAUCAACGGAAUGAUGUUUGACCUAAAAGAGCGAGCCAAGAUGACUCCUGGCAUGAAUUCCGGCUGCCCGGGUCACUGCAGCAGUGAAAGCCAGUGCCAUAACGGAGGAAGAUGUUUGGAGAGCAGGAACAGCUACGUAUGUGACUGCUCUCAUACAGCCUUCAGUGGUCCCAGCUGCAAAACAGCCAUCUCUGCAUCUUUUGAGAGGGGAGCCUCUGUAACGUACACCCUUCAGGAGCCGUUUUCUGUCAUGAGGAACCAGGAUGCCAAGCAACCACAGAGCAACACUUACUCUGAUGCUGUCAAAUCUCGGGAAAAUGUGGCAUUUCGGUUCCAGACCACACAUUCACCGGCCUUGCUGCUGUCCGCUCGAUCUCAUGAUGAGAGCUACAUGGCUGUCACACUGACCCAAAAUGGCAGUUUGCAGAUCUGGUACAGGCUGAAUCAGAAAACAGGUCCGGACUUGUUCAGUCCUAGAUCUGCCAACCUGGCUGAUGGACGCUUCCACUGGGUCCGGAUAAACCGUGAUGAAAAUGAGCUCCACAUUCAGAUCGAUAACGCAGUGACGCAGCAGUAUAUCCUGUCCUCUGGCUCUGUGCUCAUUCCGAUGAGGAUUUUAACUUUGGGAAGAAUACAAGCUGGGACUGACAUUACUGAUGAGGAAGUGGCCCAGGCAGGGUCGAAAGGAUUCAUCGGCUGUUUGUCCUCUGUGCAAUUUAAUCAAGCUGCCCCUUUAAAGGCGGCCCUUCAAAACAGAGGAAGCUCACUGGUCAGCAUACAAGGUCGACUGGAGGAGUCGGACUGUGGGACUAAAUCGAGCAAAACUACUUACACCACAACCCACACCCCCUCAGUGGAUGAAUCAUCAAAAACAGACCGAGGCAAAGCUCCGCUGACAAAAGCUGAACAGAAUGACUCAGCACUGAUCGGAGGAGUCGUAGCUGCUGUAGUGUUUACGACCCUGUGUGUGCUGGCUGUGUUAAUCCGCAUCCUCUACCAACACCGGAAAACCCAAGCUCCAUCGACCAUGGCUGCAAAGAACCAGAGACCUAGCUUGGAUCUGGACCCACACAAAGCAAGCCAUGUCAGGAAGGAGUACUUCAUCUGACUGGAUUUUACUGUUGCACUUACUGAAUUAAGAUUCUGAACAGCCUCACAUAGGUGCCUGACCAAAGCCGUCCAAACCCUCCGCCCUGUUCGGGCUGCCAGUCAGAGGCUGCUGCUGCUAAGCACUGAUCCACAGAGGACAGGAAAUCAAGGAGUGCAUGCCAGCAAAGACUCUCCGGGUGCUGGACUAGCUGUACUGAGAUUAAUGGUACGGAUAACGUAAAAGACAAUUUCGAAAGCUGGCGAGAAAGAAGUGGAACGGAUGUGAGGAUGUAGUCGCACCAUCUGUGUGAGAAGGUCUAGAUUUUCUAUGUGCUGUACGAAAUCUCUAAGAAAAAUAGAAUUAUAGAAAUAUGGAAACCCAUUCUGUCCCUACUUACGUCUCCACUAUAAGCCCAGGACAGGAAACGGGAUUGUAUGCUUUUGCAACUUUAGCAUCUAUGCUAAGCACAAGCAGGUUGUCUCACAGCCUGUAAAGGGGCACUGAUGUGGUCUAUACAAUUUUAGCUACUGGUGUAAAGAUUUCUGAAUAUAACAGUGCGGUUUUAACAACAUGAGACAAUCAGUUCGAAAAGCUGACCCACGGGGGUAGGAUUAUGAGUGAGCAUAAAUCAGCACUACCCCAGAAGAUCCAUUGUGAAAGCUUUGAGUCGGCCUGUUAGAUAGAUUCUCCAGGCUUUAUGCGAUCACAUUCAUGAUAGAGUGAAUUUUGUAAGGCCAUGGUAAGGUUAGCUCUUCUGGUAACACUUUAUUUAAGGGGUACCAACACUAUGAUCAAAACUAUGUGGACACCUGACAAUGAGCUUGUUGGAAGUUGUUGUCACUAUAACAUCUACCACUCUUCUUUGAAAGAUCAGUGGAAAUUAUCAGCAUUUGUAAGGUCUGGCACUAAAGGAGAAGAUCUGGCUUGCAGUCAGCAUUCUACUCUAAGAGGUGUUCACUGAGGUUGAGGUCAGUGUUCUAAUGUUCCUCUACACCAAACUUGUCCAUACCAUGUCACACUGGAACAGGAAAGGGUCUUCCCAAAACUGUUCAUCUUUUUUUUCAUAACAUGUUUAAGUAGGAGAGUGACAAGUGCUGCAGUGUUGGGAUUUUUUAAUACUAUUUAAACUUAUUGACCUGUUUAUUUUUACAGUUAGCUUUUUUCAUACACGAUGUGUGAUAAUCUUUUUCGUCUUUUAUCAGUGGACACUUUCUGAUCACAUGGUGCUGUUGGCUUUAUAUUUUUGGUUGGAGUACUAAUCUCCUCCCAGUGUUUACAUAGAAAUCCUAACACCACUGCUGUACCUGAUAGACUUAUACCAGUACAACACAGAUUAACAUUGAUAAAUGGGGUAUGGAGCAACAGAUGAAUCUACAAUCUACUUACAGUUGUGACCAAUUACAAUCCAAGCAACUGAGAGAUAAAGGUCAUGCUCAAGGGCUGAAAUUGGGAACCUGGGUUUAGCCCUCAGUGGUGGAGCUUGAACCAGCAAUCUUUUGAUUACUAAAUUAAGAACCUUAACUGCUUUCUUUACUUCUUGACCCUAUAACUCUGACCAUUUAGGACAAAAUACUGCUUGUGAAAUAAUGUUUGCAUUUUACAAAUGCAGGGAUGUAAACAGUUCAGGUAUUCAGCCCAGACCUGUCUUUUUAAGGGAGUGUAAUUGGCCAGACGUCAUAGACCAAAAACGGGCUAUAAAGGGCCAGUGUUGGUACCCUUCAAAUAGAGUGUUACCACUGUUCCUCAUUGAAGUGCAUUAUACGCCCUGAUGGUGAAAGCAACGUCCUCUGGCACAGUAACACGCUUACUAAAAAAGCAUUUCUUUUAGUCAGGCAUUCACUUUUUUCUAUAUGGCUAAUGUUGUUUAUGACUGUUUACUUAUUUCAUAAAUGAAUUUAAUAAAGUGAGAUUUUUAAG